UUUUUGGCCGCACUCAGCUGAAGCCAGUCUGCUGGCAGCGGCUCAGCCUCCUCCUGACUGCGCGCUGCUGCUGCUCCUCUCUUUACUUUCUUGUUUUUUAACCCGCAGCUGCUCCUUAUGCUCGCUUUCACGGCGCAAACUCCUCCUGAGCGCUCCUUUCCGGCCGAGCCCUCGGACGCCCGGCUGCUGACCGCCAUGCAGUCGGUGGAGUACCACGACCUCGAGGCGGCCGAGGCGCUCGUCAGCAUGAGCUUCUGGGGUCAAAGGUCGUACAAGCCCCGCCCCCUGACCCCCACCUCCGACUCCUGCGACUCCAUCCAGCUGCAGCCCGAUGGCGCCGACGCCCCCAAGGACCUGAUCGCCCUCUCCUCGCUGUGCAUGACUCCGCCUCACAGUCCGAGCUUUGCCGAGACCUCCACCACCACCGCUGUCCUCACCGCCACCUCAGCUCUGACUAGCCCCGCCUCCAGGCCCGCCCUGCCCCGACCCCGGAUGUGCGUCAGCCUGCCCCGCCCCGCCCCUCCUCCCACCACCCCGCCCGCCCCGGACGCCUCGGCGCCUCAGCCUCAUACGGAUUCGUCCUGCGUGGCUCCUCCCGGCCGAGCGAUGGCCACCAGCGUCAUCCGCCACACCGCCGACCGCCACGCCGCCGCUCCUCCGGCCGCCGCGGCCCGGUCCACAGACGCCGGCGUGCCGCCGAGUCCGGCCGCCGCACAGGAAACCCUUCCGAUGGAGACGCAAACGGAGAGCGCCGCCGCAGAGGAAAAAGAGGCUUCUCCUUUGUCUCCCUGCUGCCCCGCCUCCCCUCCCGCCUCGGCCACGCCCUCUCAGUCCCCUGCAGUGUCUUCCUCCUCUUCCUCCUCCUCUCCCUCUCCGCUCCCUGGCUCUCCGGUCCUGUGCCAGGUUUUCCCGGUGAGCGGGCGGACGGGGAUGAUCUCGGCGUUCGUGCAGGCUCCGGUUCAGGUGCAGGCUCCGGCGGCGGGGGGGCCCAAGCCCAUCCUGCCCCAGUCCCCCUCCAGCUUCUCCCCGCCGCUCCUGGUGGGCUCGGCGGUGCCGCAGGGCGCCGUGAUGUUUGUGGUGCCGCAGCCGCCGGUGUCCCAGGCGCCUCAGGGCCCGCAGACUGUCAUGACGCUGGGCAACACCAAGCUCCUCCCCCUCGCCCCGGCGCCCGUUUAUAUGCCGUCGGGAACGAGCGGCGGCGCCUCGCAAGCCGACUUCUCCCGCAGGCGGAACUACGUGUGCAACUUCCCCGGCUGCAAGAAGACGUACUUCAAGAGCUCCCACCUGAAGGCUCACCUGCGAACACACACAGGUGAGAAGCCGUUCAGCUGCCACUGGGAGGGCUGCGACAAAAAGUUCGCCCGCUCCGACGAGCUCUCGCGCCACCGCCGGACGCACACCGGCGAGAAGAAGUUUGUGUGCAACGUGUGCGACCGGCGGUUCAUGCGCAGCGACCACUUGACCAAACACGCCCGGCGGCACAUGACCACCAAGAGGGCGUCGACGUGGCCCGCCGAAACCCGUGACCUCAACAAAAUGGCCCUGCCCAAAGGCCAGAGCAGAGGCUCCGCGCUUCCCGUCGGUGUGCUGGUUCCCACCGCCAACUAACCAACUCAGCCAGGAGCCCGCAGGGCAACUCAGGACCAGGGCGGGACGCCGCCGCCGCCCAGCCGCCCGGCCGCCACCCGGAGGCUCUUUUCUACUCCACGUGAAUCCCACCCGGCUGGCGUCUCCAGGAUCCGGUCGGCCACCGGCUCCGUUUACGCGACAGCACGUUCUGAUCUCAGUCCGGUGUCGUGCUCUGGUUUGAUGUAAACGCCAUAACAGGGUUAGAAUGACCUGGUGAGCUCAUACUGCCACUUUACUCCACAUCACCACACAGGUUAUGUUGCCAUGGAAACAGCUGACGGCUUUAGUUUGAUGUCAGUGAGAAACAGGGUGACGCGCAGCACUUCCUUUACUUUCUGCUGCUGGGAUUAUCAUUUUUAUUCUGAUAAUCCCUGAGGGUCUUGUUUUUAUUUUUUUUUUUUUUAGGGAGGCGUUUGUCGCGUCGGCGUUUCACUCCGAGGCGACGUCUCGUGACGAUGAAAAGCCGCUCGGUGUCGACCGCUGCUGCUGGUUCUCCUCACGUUUCCUCUACCUUCUUCUCUUUAUUCCAGUCUCAAACCCGCUGUCGUCGCUUCCAUGAACACAAACGCAUCACUUCCUGUGCAGCGGGGAGGGACGCCAGCAGCCGCCGAGUCGCGAGAGUCAGAUUUUAGGAGGAUCGUUCCUUUAAAGUCGCAGAUCAUCACUUUAACCGGCUCGCUCAGUCGCAGAUUAACUCCAUCAGACGUCCAAUGAAAUCACCUGCUUCGGUCGUGGGCGGGGCUUCACGCCUUUUGAAACAGUCUGAUUGGCUUACCAAGUCCAUCACCGGAUGUUGGUUAUCUGUUGAAUGAGUUUGGAGUUUUUUGCAGACAGGGUUUACCAUGUUUCGCCGCCGUUGCUCAACUUUUCGUCGCUUUUUUUGUUUUUUUUUGCUGAUUUUAGGACGUGUAGGUGUGUAAACGUAGCUGGUGCGGCCGGUGGAGCGGGACAGCCAGUUUCCUGCCCUGCUCAGGACAGUUUCAGUUCCCACCAAACAAACACACACACACUCACACACACACAUACAUACACACAUUAACACACACACAAACACACACAACCAGAACAGGCUGCUACUCAUUCAUGGACAGAAACAAACCAACCUGACAUUGCACUGGAUUUUUUAUUCUGCUUGUUUUGUACUCUCUCUCUCUCUCUCUCUCUCUCUCUCUCUCUCUCUCUCUCUCUCUCUCCAUGUAAUCAUGUUUACUUAAUGUGUAUAUGUCAUGUUUAGCAAAUGUAUGCACUUGUUAUAUUUUUUUUGCCAAAGCCUCUGUAUUGUGCUUCUAUUAGCCUACUUCUGUUGGUCUGUGACUGUAAAUAUUGUACAUAUAUUGAUAUCUAUAUGAAUGUUACGUGUAUUCCAAUCUGCAUUUAUUGACAGUACGCGAAUUAUUGAUAUUUUAAAAAUGUCAGUGGACAGUAUUCCUCACUGUGAUACUACCUACUAUCAUUGCUUUACACAUUAUUAUUAUUAUUAUUAUUAUUAUUAUUAUUAUUUAAUAAACAUUUGUUCAAAAGUGCUGUUUUUUGAUAGCUUGAUUUGGCCUUUAGUGUAGCCAGUAAGAAAAUACCUCAUGUUAUUAAAUGUUAUUCUUAAUAACGGCUUAUAUCUGAAUAAUCCCAUUUCUGAACACUUGCCUGUAAGCAAUGGUAAAGAAUAUCGCUUUUAUAAUAAAAAAUGCACCAGGAAGUCGA